AUGGGAAACUGCACUGGGUCGGCUAUGGAGGAACUACAAGCUUGUGAGAGUCAUCAGUGGUACAGAAAAUUCAUGACCGACUACCCAUCUGGACUUCUCACCUUUUACGAGUUCAAACAGUUAUUUGGUCUGAGGAACCUGUCAGAUACAUCCAACGCCUAUGUUGAGACCAUGUUUACAACGUUUGACAUGGAUAAUGAUGGCUUCAUUGAUUUUAUGGAGUAUGUAGCUGCUCUGAGCCUGGUGCUGAAGGGAGGAGUGCAGCAGAAGCUUCGCUGGAACUUUAAACUGUAUGAUGUAGAUAGGAGUGGAUGCAUCGACCGUGACGAGCUGCUUCAGAUAAUUAAGUCCAUCCGUGCAAUCAAUGGGAUUCCUAGUAAGGUGUCAUCGGAGGACUUUGCCAACAUGGUGUUUGACGAGAUUGACAUCAAUGGAGAUGGUAAGGGCUAA